AUGCACGCUACAGGCUUUCCGGCCUUCCAACCGAAAGCCAAUCAUCUUCCACGACGCGGAGUGAGCGGAAAUUCAAAACAUCCGGCCGAACAAGCACUGGAAAUUAUAAUUGUCUGGAUUUCUUGCACUUCUAGGACCUUGGCUGAAGUGAGUGCCUUUCUGGAACCUGUUGGCUUGCAGGAGGAGGCAGGGCUACCAGCACAGAUCCUGGCUGAGUUUGUGAUGGACUCCCGGAAGAAGGACAAGCUGCUGUUUAGCCAGCUACAACUAGUGGGCUUUGUGCAGGACUUCCUAGUGCACGAGGACGCUUCCCAGGGUCUGGACCUGUUGGCUUCUGAAGACGUAAGCCGGCAAAAAGCUACUGAAGCCAAAGAGCACUGGAAAGAACUAAAGGCAACCUAUCAGCAGCACGUGGAAGCCAUCACAAGUGCCCUGCCACAGGCCCUGUCCCAAAUAGAGGAGAUCAAGAGAAAACAGACACAACUCCAGCAGGCCCUUGAACAGCUCCAGGCCAAGAAACAAAUGGCCAUGGAGAAACGCAGAGCUCAGCAGAAGCAGUGGCAGCUGCAGCAGGAGGAACAUCUGCAGCAAGUGGCAGAAGUAAAGGAUCGGCAGAGAAGAACGCAGCAGAAGGUUGAGAGACAGUGUGAGGAGCUCAGAAGCCUCAAGAAUCAGGCAGAAGAAGAACAGGACAAGCUUCAUAGGUACCAAGCCUUCCUCCAGCUGAUACAUACCCUGCAGAAUAAAAUCCCUGAUGCAGAGGGGAAGUUGCAGCUACCUCAGGAACAGGCCCUCCACCUGGAUCUUCCUGAAGAUAAGCUCCAGUUACUGGCUGGGUUCCCAGAGAACAAAGGGGAUCUAUAG